CCGCUUUACAUCACACGUCGGUCCCCUCACGCUUGUUUCCUUAUUGAGGUCAUUUCUCGACUUAUCUCUGUUCUUGAUCGCUUCCUUUUCUUAUUUCCCCACGUCACAUUCUUUUCAUUGUCUUUAAUUUGCCUCUUUUGGCUAUGGGAAACGAUUGUCACCUCGAAUAAUGUGCUAUUGAACAACCCACCGACAUGCUCCCCUCUCAACUCAACAGCUCGCCCAAGCGGGCCAACCCAUUUGGGCGGUCCUCCCCAUCGCCAGCACCACACUCACAAACGAGGCCAAAAUCUGCCAUCAUAAGUCCCUCAAAUGGAUUGGAGUCGGCAAGAGGACAUCUUCGCAAUGCAUCAGUCUCACAGCUCACCCCCAGUCGAUCUCCAGCAUCAAUCACUCGACAAAGAUCCAAUUCGGCACGCAAGGACGCAUCCUCAGGAACAUUUGCGCCGAGCUUUAUCAAGUCCGAAGAGCUACGACGGGGUGCGGACCAAAUCCGCGGCCUGGAGGGCGACAAUGACUUCUCUGGAAACAAAUACGUGUGGUUGCGCGAUACUGAAAAAGCAUUCGUGCGCGGCCUUGUAUUGGAAGAAUUGGAAGGAGGUCGUCUGCUAGUACAGACUGACGAUGGCGAGCAGCGGGAGGUAGAUGCCGACCAAGUUGACAAGGUCAACCCGGCGAAGUUUGACAAGGCAGACGACAUGGCUGAACUGACUCAUUUGAACGAAGCCUCUGUGGUUCACAACCUGCAUACCAGAUACCAAUCCGACUUGAUAUAUACAUAUUCUGGCCUUUUCUUGGUAACGAUCAACCCAUACUGUCCUCUGCCGAUCUAUACGAAUGAGUAUGUGAAAAUGUACAAGGGCCGUGGAAGAGAAGAAACCCGGCCCCAUAUUUUCGCGAUGGCAGAUGAGGCAUUCCGCAACCUGGUGGAGGAAGGAGAAAACCAAAGUAUUUUGGUGACUGGUGAAUCUGGUGCUGGUAAAACCGAGAACACCAAGAAGGUCAUUCAAUACCUGGCAGCCGUUGCAACUUCUGAUACCCCAUACGGCCGGUCAGGAACCAAACAGCUAUCGAACUUGUCCCAGCAAAUUCUUCGCGCCAAUCCCAUCCUCGAAGCAUUUGGAAAUGCCCAAACAGUCCGCAAUCAUAACUCUUCUCGCUUUGGAAAAUUCAUUCGCAUUGAAUUUUCACGAUCUGGCCAGAUCUGCGGCGCGUGGAUUGACUGGUACCUGCUUGAGAAAUCGAGGGUGGUCAAGCCCAAUUCCAAUGAGCGGAAUUAUCACAUCUUCUAUCAGUUGCUGCAAGGUGCGGAUCGGACAACCCGAGAAAAGUUGUUACUGCAAGAUCUCCAAAUCGAGCAUUUUGCGUACACGAAGGAUGGCAACGAUUCGAUUGUUGGAGUUUCAGAUAGAGAGGAGUGGAAUUCGCUGAUUGAGGCCUUCCAUGUCAUGAACUUCUCCGAAGAAGACCAGCUCUGCAUUUUGCGCACCGUCGCGGCCGUUCUCCACCUGGGCAAUGUCACCGUGGCUAAAGAGAGCGUGCGCGCUGAUCAAGCUGCUCUGGCUCCCGAAGGCCACGCGAACGUGGAGAAGGCGUGUCGACUUUUAGGUAUUCCAGCUGAACCUUUUGUCAAGGGAUUGCUACACCCAAGAGUGAAAGCUGGUCGUGAGUGGGUUGAAAAGGUACAAACGCCUGAUCAAGUGCGCCUCGCUUUGGACGCUUUGUCCAAGGGUAUCUACGAGCGUGGUUUUGGUGACCUGGUCACUCGUAUCAACAACCAGCUUGGUCGUUCCGUGGCCGAUGAUAAUUACUUCAUUGGCGUGCUCGAUAUUGCUGGCUUCGAAAUCUUCGAAAACAACAGUUUUGAGCAGCUCUGUAUCAACUACACCAACGAAAAGCUCCAGCAGUUCUUCAACCACCACAUGUUUGUUCUCGAGCAAGAGGAAUACGCUCGGGAGCAGAUUGAGUGGCAAUUCAUUGACUUCGGCAAGGACUUGCAGCCAACCAUUGAUCUAAUUGAGUUGACCAACCCGAUUGGUAUCUUCUCUUGCCUCGACGAAGACUGUGUGAUGCCUAAAGCCACGGACAAGUCGUUCACUGAGAAACUUCACUCGCUCUGGGACCGAAAGACUCCCAAAUACCGCGCUUCUCGUCUGAACCAGGGCUUCGUUCUUACGCACUAUGCUGCUGAGGUAGAGUAUACCACUUGCGACUGGCUGGAGAAGAAUAAAGACCCUAUGAAUGACAACAUCACUCGCCUCCUCGCGGGGUCUGAUGAUCAGCAUGUUGCCAACCUUUUCGCAGAUUGCGCGGACCCCGAAGAAGGUAGUGAUUAUCCUCGAAGCCGGGUCAAGAAGGGCCUGUUCCGUACGGUGGCCCAACGACACAAAGAGCAGCUCUCUAGUCUGAUGACGCAGCUCCAUUCCACUCAUCCUCACUUCGUGCGCUGUAUUCUACCGAACCACAAGAAACGCCCUAAGAUGUUGCAUGCGCCGUUAGUCCUAGAUCAACUACGGUGCAAUGGUGUUCUUGAGGGGAUAAGAAUUGCCCGGACCGGCUUCCCUAAUCGGCUUCCAUUCGCAGAAUUCCGUCAGCGAUACGAAGUGCUCUGUCAGAACAUGCCCAAGGGAUAUCUCGAGGGGCAGAGCGCAGCACGAAUCAUGCUGGAGAAGCUUGGUAUGGACAGGGCCUGGUACCGCGUUGGUCGCACCAAGGUCUUCUUCCGAGCUGGUGUUCUAGCCGAUCUAGAAGAAAAGCGAGACCAGCUCAUCCGAACUAUUAUGACUCGCUUCCAAUCACUCGCCCGUGGUUUUGUCCAGCGGCGCAUUUCCAACAAGCGUCUGUACCGUGCUGAAGCAACUCGCAUCAUUCAGCAAAAUUUCCAUUCCUAUCUGGAGCUCAAGGGCAGCCCUUGGUGGUGCCUCUUCUCCCGGAUGAAGCCUCUCCUAGGCGAUACACGGACGGCCAAGGAAGUUAAGAAGAGAGAUGAUAAGAUCAAGGAGCUGGAGAUGAAGAUGAAGCAAGAGCUUUCCGACCGACAGAAAAUCGACGAGGAAAGACGCCGCACUGAGAUCGAGAUCCAAAAGAUCCAGCAGACCUUGGAAAGCGAACGUGCCCUCGCACUCGACAAGGAGGAGAUUUUCAGGCGCCUGCAAGACCGCGAAGGCGAGCUUUCCGAAAAACUUUCCGAGGCCAUUGCUGAUCAAGAGAAGCUUGAAGAGCAACUGGAUGACUUGGUCGAUGCCAAGAAGAAGAACGACGAGGAGCUACAAUUGCGAAUCACACAGCUCGAACAAGCAGGCCUGAUCAUCCAGAAACUGGAGGCUGAGAAGAAUGGACUGCAAGCUCGCUUUGAGGAACUCGAUGCUCGUCUUGCUGGCAUGGAAGACGAGUUCUCUGGGAAAGAUGGUCAGAUUCAGGAGCUCGGUCAAGAGAUCAAGAUGCUUCAAAGCCACCUUAGCCUGAAGGACCGCAAACUUCACGAGCUAGAGGCGAAGCUUCUAAAGACAGACCAGGAUCUCGAUGUCAAACUUGCCAGCACCUCUAAAGAGCUCGACCAGACGAAAAAGCAGCUUCGUGACACGAUCACCCAGAAUCAAUCGAUUCGUCAGCAGAUUACCGAUCUCACCUCCACAACGACAAGCUAUGAAGACCUUCUUCGUCGCAAGGAGAGUGAAAUUGCUGUCCUUCGGAAUGACUUGAAGAAGUAUGAUGAAGACAGACGCGGUUUGGAGGCUGAGAAGAAGUCUCUUGCUACUCGACACGACAACAUGCAGGCCCGUCUUCGUGAAGUCCAAGCUGAGCGAGACGCUAUGCGAUCUGAGAAGGCCCAGCUCGAGCGAGAAGCUGCAGAUGUUAAGCGAUUGCUUGAAGAAAAGAGGUCCGAAGAUGUUGAAGCUGGGGAGAGCAGGAAGUUGUUGGAACAGCAAGUCAAUGACCUCAAGGCUCAGCUCUUCCAGGCUGAAGCAGACCUCAGUCGAGAGCGUCAAUCUAGAGACGACGUUCAGAUGCUUGCUGAGCACAACCUUGCCGAGCUGACCGACAAGUACAACACACUGAACGAAUCUAAGAUUGAGAUUGAAAAGGAGAUGUACAUUCAGCAGGACAGCCUUCGUCGUGCGACCGAAGCGCGGGUCGCGGCCGAGAAGUCGAGGAAAGACUUACAAUCCGAAUUGAUCAAGCUCCGUGAGCGUUUCACAGCAGUCGAGAAUGCCCGGUUGAAUGCAGAGGCCGAAAUUGAAUCCAAGCUCAAGAAUCAGUCCGAAGAGCGCAUUAUGAGCAUGCGUACAGAUCUCGAGGAGAAAAUGCAACUACUCGAAGAUCUGGAGGCAGAACGAUAUCAGCUGUCGAUCCGUGUCCAAGAAUUGGAGCACGCCAUAUCCGAAUCUGACAAUUUCCGUCUUCGUCAUGACCAGCACAAAGAACGUCUUGAAAGAGAACUUGUUACUUUGAAGGGUCGACUCACAGCCUCCGAGAAUGAUAAUCGAUCUCUUCUGACUAAGAUUCAACAAAAGAAUCUUGACAUCGCCCGCUCAAACUCCAAAGCAAGCGACAGCAACCGACUACGACUUUCAAACCUUCAGAAGGAGAAGAUCAAGAUCGAGGAGGAGAAUAAGAAGCUUCAAAAGCAGCUUGGAGACUCGCAGCUUGCAAUCACCUCCCUCGAGAAACAAAAGGAGAAGCUGUCUUUGAGCCUGGAGGAUCUCAAUCAUGAAGUCAACCGGGAGCACAAAAACAGUCGCAAUGCCGAGAAAGCUGCAUCCACUGCGAACCUUCAGCUCGCGGAGGUCAAUCGUAACCUUGAAAAUGAACGGCAGCUGCGAGGACAGGCUCAGGCAAACACCCGACAAAUGCAAGGUUCUUUGGAUAGAGCAAACAAAGAGAUUGAGGACCUGCAUCGCCAAUUGAUUCUUCUGCACAGAGUCUUCGAGCCCGAGGCCUCCGAGCCCAGCAAGUCCUGGGAGGCUGUCCAACCACAUCUAUCAAAACAAGUUGAUCUGGCCCAGGUGCUUAACGAUGUUCAACACAAGCUUCAAAUCACGGAGGAGAAAUACUCUCGCGCGGAAAGCCAGCUCUCAGAGAUGCGCCGCCGUCAUGCAGAUGAGAUGAAGGAGCUCGAUUCGAGGUACUCGUCUUCUAAGCGUGCUUUGCUUGAAGAGAUUGAUCAGAAUGAAGUGGCCAACAACCGGGCCCCUUCACACUUCCGGAAGAACUCCGAGAAUGCUCUCAAGAGGAUUUCAAACCCCUCGACGCCCAACCGGCGAUACAACAAUGUGUAUGAUGGUGCAAAUGACUCGGCCCGAUCCGACAGAACUGUCGACACUGUGGGCUACCAAAGACGGAUGGACACCGCCGCGGAAAUCGAGGAGCUCCAGAACAAGCUUCAAAUGACUGAGAUGCAGAAUAAGCAUCUUCAGAACCAGCUUCAACAAUCUACUCCGUCCCGGGAUAUUUGGCAGGACGAGAGCCCAUCAAUGCGUCGCAUGCAACUUCUGGAGCGUGAAAAUGGUCGCCUUCAUGGCCAACUUGACGAUUCCGCCAAGAAGGUCUCGGCACUGGAACGCAGCAUUCGCUCUGGGGAGCUGUCUCUCCGUGACGUGCAGGCAAAGUCUCACGAGGAACUGUUCGAUCUCAUCAAUUCCCAGGAGCAAUCUCGUCGCUCGUUGCUUAAGGUCCACAAUGAUGCUUUGACUGACUUUAGCGAUGUGAAAUCACAAUACGAAAAGCUCAAGCGCAGCAGGGCAGCGCUUGAAGUUGAGGUCCGCGAUGCCCGAUCUGAAGCCCAGGAGCUCCAAGCAGCCAGGGAACAGGACAUUGCUAGUCGGAACCAGCUCCUCCAAGAGUUUUCCGAUCUGCAUAUUCGCCUGGAUGCGGAAACAUCGCGCAGCGCUGAUCUUGAGUCGAGCCUGAGUCUAUUCAAAAGUCGCGCCGAUGAAUACUUCAGCAAGCUUGAGCAGGCGGAGAUCACUGUCUUGAAAGCCUCUCGUGCUGAACAAUUUGCCAAGUCUCGAUGCCAGGAGGCUGAAGACACCUGUGCACAGAUCAUGUCUGAGCGAAAGGAAAUGGAUGCCCUUGUGGAGGACUUGCAGCGUCAAACACAGUCCUUGGAAGCCCGCAUGGAAGAUCAGGCUGCCGAACUACAGGGUGCCUUGCAAGCUAAGCAACGUCUUCAAAAUGAGCUUGAGGACUAUCGCAACCAGCGGGCUAUCGAUAUUGAGGACAAGGAAACCUCGAUGGAACAGACCCGGCAAAAGUACCAGCGCGAGUUCUCGACCAUUAAUGGUGAGCUCGAGAUGGAGCGUGAGCGGUUACUCAAUGUCCGUGGAGAGAACUCGCGGCUGCGUGAAGAGCUCGAGGAUCUUCGAAGCAAGUGGGACAACGAGGUGCUCAACAGCUCCACUUGGUCCAAGGAGAAAGCGCGCCUGGAACUCGUUAUGCAGGACAUUACCAACUCCCGUGAUGAAGCUGCUAGUGCACACAGUGAGGCUCAGGCUAAGGUGGUCUCUCUCCUCUCUCAGGUGCGGACUCUUCGUACCUCCGUGGAUGAUGUUACAGCCGAGCGUGACUUGCUUCUGAAGGACAAGAAGAUGCUUGAAGGUCGCCUGGCUGAAGCUGGUGAGCGUCUCGAGGACCUGGCAAAGGGUGAAAGUCCUUCCAUGCGAAAUGCCGCCAGCAUGGAUCGGGAGCUGCUCGAGCUUAAGUCCAAACUUGCGCAACAGGAGGAUGUUUCUUCCGCGGCGGUUGGCAAGAUGCGUCGUGCUGACGCUCUCGCCACUGAGAUGCAGAAGGAGCUUACUGCCGAGCGCGAAACCAAUGCUCAGCUGUUCAAGGAGAAGGCCGGUCUUGAAAAGCAGCUCAAGGAGGUGCAGCUCCGCUGUGUAGACCUGGAGACCAAGGGCUAUUCUUCCGGUAGCCAAGAUGUCCGGUUCCUGCACAAACGUAUCAAGGAGCUGGAAACCCAUCUCGAGGAGCAGGAGAACAAGAAUACUGCUGAGCAGCGCUCCCUCCGCAAUGUUGAUCGUACCGUCAAGGACCUCCAAUCCCAGAUCGACCGACGGGAUAAGAUGAACACCCAGCUCAAUGAUGAGGUCAAUAAGGCUCGGGAUAGGAUUGAAAGACUUCUCAAAAGCAUCGAGGAGCUCCAGCAAGGUGAUACCGAAACUCAGCUGCAAGCUCGCCGUGCAGAGCGCGACCUUCGUGAAGAGCGUGAGAAGGUACUGUAUCUGGAGCGCGAGCUGGAGGGUUGGAGAGCAAGGGGUGCCUCAAUUGGCCGUUCCCCCAUGGUGGCGCUCAGCGAUGCAGGCAGUCGAAAGGGCAGUGCUGCAUAUGGUUAUGACACGACGCCCCAGCGCAAGCCAAGCAACACUAAGGGCUUCCUGUGAACAUGUUUGAAGAAAUAAUGUGUAUUACGUGGACCAGGGAGGUGCUAUUAUGGCUGUGUUUUCCUUCCCUUUUUUUUUUCUCUUUUUUUAUUCAGUCUUGCGGUUGGGGGUAAAUGUGCAUCUCGGAGAGGGACGCCUCCGACUAUUAUUUGUUGGACCUGAAUCACCAUGUUCAUAAUGCGUGAAUGACGGCAUGUAUUUCCGCUUUUGGGGUGUAUGUAUUGGAUGGCAGUCUUGCUUUUGCAUUUUUUGAGUGGAUGCGAUUGAGCUUGGGAGUAAAUAUGCUCGCUGGGAGUUGGGCUUUAUCUACGAUAGGAGAAGAAUUAUGAAAUUCAAUUGUCACUUUGGUGCUUCUACGCAGUCUCGAUUUCUGUAUCUAUUCGAAAAUAGUGUCAUGGUCGUCCCACAGUAGCCGCCUAGAUGAUCAACGGGGGAACCCAUAUCAAGUCCUUGGACUCAACGAGGCAUCAAGACCUCGCAAAUCUAAG